AAUACCUGCGAUCGCUACAGUUGCAAGAUGGACUCCGUUGAGGCAACAUUAGUCACGUUGUCUUUGGUGCUGCUUUUACGUAAGCAGCCGAAGCGCAGGCAACGAAAGCAGCGUCAAUAUUGGAUGCACCCAUUUAAUAAAGAGAGAUUACUCAGUGGACAUCAUGUAACAACGUUUAAAAUACUAAAAUCCUAUGAUCUCAAAUUCAGAAGUUGUUAUAGAAUGUCAUAUUCGACGUUUUGUGAAUUGCUUUCCAUUGUAAAACCAGAGUUGACACGCAGAAAUACAGUGAUGAGACAAUGUAUAUCAGCUGAAGAACGACUAACAAUAACUUUAAGGUACUUAGCAACUGGAUGUAAUUUCACAGAUCUUCAUUUGGACUUUAAAUGUGGACAUACUACUGCACGUACGAUUGUAAAGGAAACUGUGGAAGUAAUAUGGAAAAAAGUAAAAGACAUCUCCAUGCCAGAGCCAACAGAAGAAUUACAUUUAGAAACCGCUGAAGGAUUUAUGAAACAUGCUAAUUUUCCUAACUUAAUUGGAGCAAUAGAUGGAAAACAUAUAAGAAUUAUAAAACCAUGUCAUACCGGCUCAGAAUAUUACAAUUACAAACAUUUUUUUUCCAUCGUUUUGUUAGCAAUAUGUGACGCUAAUUACAAUUUCAUAGAUAUAGAUGUCGGAUGUUAUGGAAAGAGCUCAGAUUCAACAAUACAUGACAGCAGCGAAUGGGUAAAAAAGUUACGACAAGGAAAUUAUAAUUUACCUCAACCAAGACCUAUAUCUAACAAUGGAAUACCUAUACCGUUUUCGUUUAUUGGCGACGAAGGAUUUGCUUUAUCACAACACUUGCAAAGACCAUACGCUGGUAAACAUUUACCACGAAAGAAGAGAAUAUAUAAUUACCGUUUGACGCGCGCAAGGCGUUAUAUUGAAUGUACGUUUGGUAUAUUGAGUAACAAAUUUAAAAUUUUCAACCGGCCCAUAAACGUUAAUGUAGAUUUUGCUACGAAUAUUGUUAAAGCGUGUUGCGUAUUGCACAAUUUUAUACGUAAGCGAGAUGGGUACAAGUUUGAUCACACUUUGAGUAUAGUCGGAUUCCAAGAUCCACCUGCCAGUGAUAAUUUACUUUUAAUUGGAAGACGAAGAUCAGAACUAAGUGGUACUGCAAUCCGAAACAUAUAUACUGACUAUUUCACCGGUGUAGGUUCUGUACCGUGGCAAGAUUCAAAAAUUUGAAAUAAUUUCACCUAAAAUAGCUAUAAGUAACUAGAAAGGGCUGUAAACGUAACUUAAUUCACUUAUUCUGGAACAUCUAUAUCUCAUUAAUUCUCACCACUCAUCUACAUUUAUAAUGAUAAAAUUUAAUAAAGUUAAAUAACUUACCACAAGCAUUCUUUUCUUUAUUUGUUUUUUCUCCAAAUUCUGAAUCAAAUAUUUCAUUUAUCUCUUCCCAUGCCUUUCUUUUUGCAAUCUUAUUCGAAUACUCAGGAAGACGCGAGUCCCAUAUUACAGGACGGUUCUGAAUUGCCAUAAUAAAUGAUUCAGUGUCGAACGACUCCAUUUUACGCAUGUGACGGACAACAGCACUCUCGACCUGUCUGUGUUGCACUGAUGCUCGGUUCUCCAUUCACGCACCGCCCUCCCUCCGUUCUUCCCCCGAUGUCGUCCGACACGGUCGCGCGUUUGCAUCGAUACAGUCGCGAUGCAGUAGCGCGUUGCAAAUGCGACUAACACGCGUUAGUAGUGAUGCUGGCGUGCGUUUAGUAAAUGCGCGACAGCAUCGCUACAAAAAGUCGCCGUGGGCGAGGGCUCUAAGAG